AUGUUCUCUGGACUGGCCGUCGAUAGCUUGAGGAGGAUAUCCAUAUCGUACUCGGGUUGUGGCGGCAGUGUCAUGUUUGACACGCCCAUCUGUGCCAUUGACAUUGCUCCACCCAUUGGCAUAUUGUUUGGCAUCCCAGACAUCAUCUGUGCCAUUGACAUUGCGCCACCCAUUGACAUAUUAUUAUUAUUAUUUGGCAUAGUAGUCUUGCCCGUUGCUGCUGCUGCUGUGGCAGUGCCUCCACUGCCAUCAUAUAAGUUCUUGUCCAUUAUCUUUCUACUGAUGUAUUGUAUACAAUGUUGA